AUGGCUUCAUCCGACGAGGAUAGGAAGAUCGUGCUGUACCACUACUCCGCCUCGCCGUACGCCAGGCGGAUCGUGUGGUACCUAGCUCUCAGAGGCAUUCCCUAUGUGCAGUGUAUUCAACCACCAGUCCUCCCCCGACCAGACGUCGCAAAACUGGGCAUCACUUAUCGCCGGAUCCCGAUCCUCGCCAUCGGCCGCGACAUCUACCUAGACACGCGCCUCAUGCUCCGAAAGCUCGAACAGCUGUACCCCUCGCGGCCCCGCCUCGGUGCUACUGCCACUGCCACAGGCACGGCUAGCAGCAACCCGGAGCACGCAGCCGUCGAGCGCCUCCUCGAGGCUCUCAUAAUCGACUCCGUCUUCUCCAACGCAAUCAACGUCUUGCCCACGAGCCUGCCCAUGCUAAAGGACCCGAAACGCACCUGGAUAAAGGACCGCGAGGAUUUCGUCGGCGGCAAGCUCUCCCCGGAGACUAUGGAGCGCGGGAGACCGAAUGCCGUCAACGAGAUCCGCCGCACGGUUGCGCUGCUCGAGACGACGCUGCUCGCCGACGGGCGGGAUUGGCUCAUCGGGACGCCAGGUCCAUCGCUCGCGGAUAUCGAGGCCGUGUGGUUGCCGCACUGGCUGUCCGGUCUUCCCGGUGCGCUGCCGGAGGAGCACAUUUCAAAGGAGCAAUUCCCCAAGGUCUUUGCCUGGAUGGAGCGGUUCCAACAGGUCACUGUAAAAGCCAAGAAGGCGGCGGCGGCGGACAAGGGCAAGGUCGCGACAGUGUCGGGCGACGAAGCGGCGGAAAUUGUCGUCUCGUCGCCGUACAACGAGCCCGAGGGCCGGGUCGACGCCAAGGAUUUACUUGUUAUUGAGCAGGGGCUCAGAGCAGGCGACGAGGUCAUUGUGUGGCCCGUUGAUACGGGCGCCUCGCACAAGGACACCGGGAAGCUCCUGAGCCUCGAUGGGGACGAAAUCGUUUUUGAGGUCCAGGGACCCAAGGGGUCGGCGAGGGUUCACGCGCCGAGGCAUGGCUUCCGGCUGGAGAAGCUGGAAAGGUAUCAGGCGCGCACCGGCGCCGCGAAGCUGUGA